CUCUCUCUUCCCCCAGUCGGAUAGCGCACACAAUUUGAUUUCCAUAGUCCCCACUUUCUCUGUUUCUCUAUAUAUACACACACUUCACAGUUCACACUUCCCUAAUUAGCCACCACUCCCAACCCCCACCCGUAGUUUCUACCACCUUCAGUCACGGCGUAAUACACUAACCAACCCACCAUGUCGCUGCCUGCUUGUCCCGCCGAACAACUGGCCCAACUUCUCGGCCCAAACACCACAGACGCCUCCGCCGCCGCCUCCCUUAUCUGCGGCCAGUUUGCCGCCGUGGACAGCAAGUUCGUCGACACGGCCUUCGCCGUCGACAACACCUACCUCCUCUUUUCCGCCUACCUCGUUUUUUCUAUGCAGCUCGGCUUCGCCAUGCUCUGCGCCGGCUCCGUCCGCGCCAAGAACACCAUGAACAUCAUGCUCACCAACGUCCUGGACGCUGCCGCCGGCGGCCUCUUCUACUACCUCUUCGGCUUCGCCUUCGCUUUCGGCUCCCCCUCCAACGGCUUCAUCGGUAAACAUUUCUUCGGCCUCAAGGACAUCCCUUCUUCCUCCUACGACUACAGCUACUUCCUCUACCAAUGGGCCUUCGCCAUCGCCGCCGCCGGCAUCACCAGCGGAAGCAUCGCCGAACGCACACAGUUCGUGGCCUAUCUCAUCUACUCCUCCUUCCUCACCGGCUUCGUCUAUCCGGUGGUCUCCCACUGGUUCUGGUCCCCAGACGGCUGGGCCUCUGCCUUUAAGAUCACCGACCGGCUAUUUUCCACCGGCGUAAUAGACUUCGCCGGUUCCGGCGUAGUCCACAUGGUCGGCGGAAUAGCCGGCCUAUGGGGAGCGCUGAUCGAAGGCCCAAGAAUGGGACGUUUCGAUCAUGCAGGACGAGCUGUGGCCUUGCGAGGCCACAGCGCGUCCUUAGUAGUCCUGGGAACCUUCUUGCUUUGGUUCGGUUGGUACGGAUUUAACCCCGGUUCAUUUAACAAAAUCCUACUUACUUACGGUAACUCAGGAAAUUACUACGGUCAAUGGAGCGCGGUUGGCAGAACCGCGGUCACCACUACCCUAGCGGGGUCAACAGCUGCCUUGACCACGCUAUUCGGUAAACGGGUGAUAUCCGGUCACUGGAACGUGACCGAUGUCUGCAACGGGCUGUUAGGCGGUUUCGCGGCGAUAACAGCCGGUUGCUCCGUGGUUGAGCCAUGGGCAGCCAUCGUAUGCGGUUUUGUUGCUUCUAUAGUAUUAAUAGCUUGCAACAAAUUAGCAGAGAAGGUUAAGUUCGACGAUCCUCUGGAGGCGGCGCAGUUGCACGGUGGGUGUGGCACGUGGGGGGUGAUAUUCACGGCGUUGUUCGCAAAAAAGGAGUAUGUGAAGGAGGUUUACGGGUUGGGGAGGGCGCACGGGUUGCUCAUGGGGGGUGGUGGGAAGUUGCUGGCGGCGCACGUGAUUCAGAUUCUGGUGAUUGCUGGGUGGGUUAGUGCGACCAUGGGACCCUUGUUUUGGGGGUUGAAUAAACUGAAGCUGUUGAGGAUUUCUUCAGAGGAUGAGCUUGCGGGGAUGGACAUGACUCGCCAUGGAGGCUUUGCUUAUGCUUAUGAGGAUGAUGAGACGCACAAGCAUGGGAUGCAGUUGAGGAGGGUUGGGCCCAACGCGUCUUCCACACCCACCACUGAUGAAUGAUCUUUUUUUCCCAUAUGCAUGUCUCAUUAGUCAAACAUUAAAUUUGGAUACAUAUUCCUUAUUUUUCUUUUUAUGAUGAUGGGCAAUUAGGGAUUUUGAUUUGUAAUUGUCAUUGGUCGUGCAUUGGUGGAUGCUGGAAGUUAAAGAUUCUGGUGGAAGAUGCGUACGUUUCUGUGGGGGGUGGUUGUUGACUAAGGCAUGUUGGUCCUGGAAAUGACAGAUGGCUGUGGAAAAUGGAAAUUUGUGGGAUUUAUUUUUGUAGUUUUCACCAAAAAAGAAGGAAGAAGAUUGGUAUAUAGUAGAAAUACUACUGUUUGGCCGUGAGGCAUAUAGUUUUUUUUUCUUUUCCUUAAUUUGAGACUUUUAUGUUAAACUUUUUCAUUAUGUCUAAUGUAAAUAUAUGGAAGUAGUUUUUAUAUUUUACUGCCUGAAUGUUUGUUUUUUGUGUUAUAUGUUUUUGUUUAUAUGGAAUUGAAAUCGAUUGUAAUA